AUGCUAUGCGCCGCGCCGCGCCCGCCGACCAAUUCCGCGCCCCUACUUAACCCCGGCGAACCCGUCCCAAGAUCCUCAGACCACCGCGCCGAACAACUCUCUCGCCAGCACGCAGCAAACUCCCCAGCCUUCCCUCGCCCCGGAUCCGUAAAUGGCCCGCACGAAGCAGACCGCGCGCAAGUCGACCGGCGGCAAGGCCCCGCGGAAGCAGCUGGCGACCAAGGCGGCGCGCAAGUCGGCGCCGGCGACGGGAGCGUGAAGAAGCCCCACCGCUUCCGCCCCGGCACCGUCGCGCUCCGCGAGAUCCGCAAGUACCAAAAGAGCACGGAGCUGCUCAUCCGCAAGCUGCCCUUCCAGCGCCUCGUCCGGGAGAUCGCGCAUGACUUCAAGACCGACCUCCGCUUCCAGAGCUCCGCCGUCUCCGCCCUGCAGGAGGCCGCCGAGGCCUACCUCGUGGGGCUCUUCGAGGACACCAACCUCUGCGCCAUCCACGUCAAACGCGUCACCAUCAUGCCCAAGGACAUCCAGCUCGCCCGCCGCAUCCGCGGGGAGCGCGCGUAG